AUGGCGCAGAUGAUGACGCAUCGAAUCGUAAACGCCAUGUUAUCAAUUUAUUAUUCGUCCACCUUCUUCUUCUUCUUCUUUUUCGUCGUCGUCGUUUUCUUCUUUCUCUUCUUUACACUUUUCAACCGUUUACUCCUCCGUCUACUUCUCACCGUUUACUAUUCCUUCUCCCACUUUUUUCUCAACUCUAAACGUUUUCACCGCUUAUUUCUUCUUCUUCUUCUUCUUCUUCUUCUUCUUCUUCUUCUUCUUCUUCUUCUAUUUUGUUCUUAUCUAUCUAUCUAUCUAUCUAUCUAUAUAUAUCAAUAUUUAUUUAUCUAUCUAUUUAUUGGAUAUCUAUCUAUCUAUCUAUCUAUCUAUCUAUUUUAUCUAUCUAUUAUAUAUAAAUCUAUAAAUCUAUAUAUAUAUCUCUGUUCAUAUCUAUGUCAGUUUUGUUUAUAUAAUAUUUAUCUAUCUAUCUAUCUAUCUAUCUAUCUAUCAUUCUAUCUAUCUAUCAUACAGAUUUUCUUUUUACAUUUAUCUAUCUAUCUAUCUAUCUAUCUAUCUAUCUAUCUCAGUCUAUAUAUUCAUAUAUAUAUCUAUAUAUAUAUAAAAUCUAUCUAUCUAUCUAUAUAUCCAUCUAAUUUUAUCUUCAUAUCUAUCUAUCUAUUUCAUCUAUCUAUCUAUCUAUCUAUCUAUCUAUCUAUCUAUCUAUCCCAUCUAUCUUCAUAUCUAUCUAUCUAUCUAUCUAUCUAUCUAUCUAUCUAUCUAUCUAUCUAUUACAUCUAUCUAUCUAUCUAUCUAUCCCAGGGAAAUAGGUAUCUAUCUAUCUAUCUAUCUAUCUAUCUAUCUAUCUAUCUAUCUAUCUUUUUAUCUAUCUAUCUCAGUCUGUUCAUAUCUAUUUUUAUCUAUCUAUCUAUCUAUCAUUAUUAUCUAUCUAUCUAA